GACCGCACAAAAAUACUAAAUAUAAAGAAAUCGAUAACAAUUUGACAAUUGUAUUUUAGCUGGCAAGUGAUUUGAUACAUUACAGUCCAAAAUGGCUUCGUUUUUGGCACGUACUGGCAGUACACUCAUCGAAUCAGUAAGACCCAAGGCAGUUGCAAAGAUCCUCAGCUACGCUCCCAUUGGACUGCAGCAGACGAGAAACCUCAAUGUGCAAGAACAUGUCUCAUACACUUUGCUUAACGAAAGCAACAUCCCAACUCCCCGAUUUGCCGUCGCAAAGAAUGGCAAGGAAGCCGGCGAGAUUGCUACAAAGUUGAAAACAGAUAAUCUGGUGCUGAAGGCGCAGGUUCUUGCCGGUGGACGUGGCAAGGGAACCUUCAAGAAUGGACUCAAGGGCGGUGUCCGCGUUGUCUACAAUCCGGAGACGGCAGAAGAUCUCGCCGGCAAGAUGAUUGAUCAGCUGCUGAUUACCAAGCAAACUGGCGCUGCCGGUCGACUUUGUAAGAAGGUCAUGGUUGCCGAGCGUAAAUUCCCACGUCGCGAGUUCUACUUUGCCGUCAUGAUGGAGCGUGCUUUCAACGGUCCAGUUUUGAUUGCAUCCAAGGAGGGCGGUGUUGACAUUGAGGAAGUGGCCGCAUCUAGUCCCGAUGCCAUCAUCUACGAACCCAUCGAUAUUGCCAGCGGUCUCACUAAGGAACAGGCGGCGAGAAUAGUCGAAAAAGUUGGACUGAACGAUAAUGCCGAUGAGCACAUUCAAAUGCUGCUCAACAUGUACAAGCUGUUUGUGGAGAAGGAUGCUCUUCUGGUUGAGAUCAAUCCCUAUGCCGAGGAUGCCAUGUCUGGCUUCUUUGCCCUCGAUGCCAAGCUGCGUUUCGACGAUAAUGCCGAGUUCCGUCAAAAGGAGCUGUUUAGCAUGCGGGACUGGACCCAAGAGGAUCCCAAGGAGGUUGAGGCAGCCAAAUACAAUUUGAAUUACAUUGCUCUCGAUGGUACCAUUGGGUGCAUGGUGAACGGCGCUGGUCUGGCUAUGGCCACCAUGGAUAUCAUCAAGUUAUACGGCGGCGAGCCAGCCAAUUUCCUUGAUGUGGGCGGUGGUGCCACCGCAGAGGCUGUGAAGGCCGCUUUCAAAAUCAUUACCUCCGACAAGAAAGUAAUGUGCUUAUUGGUCAACAUUUUCGGCGGCAUUAUGCGUUGCGAUGUCAUUGCCGAGGGUAUUAUUGCUGCCGCCAAGGAUCUGAACCUGAACUUGCCCAUUGUUGUGCGUCUGCAGGGCACCAAGGUGAAGGAAGCCCGCGAUCUGAUUCGUUCGUCGGGUUUGAAAAUUCUGGCUCGUGAUGAUUUGGAUAAGGCUGCCGAUAUGGCUGUCCACUUGGCACAAAUUGUCAAGCUGGCGCGUGAGAUGAAUAUGGAUGUGAACUUCGAGAUUCCCGAUGCACAGAAAGAAUGCAAAGAUGAUUCAAAGAAAGAGUAAAUGCAUUUUCUAUAUAAAGACCAUGAAUUCCCCAGAUGUACGUCAAAUUCGCCAAUAGGAUCUUAGAUCCUCGAUCCCUUUUCCAAAGAAACUGACCAAAAUUACCAAUAAACUAAAACUAAAGUUCUGUUUGAAAUAAUCCAAA